GAUCCUGAGUGUCUCUGUUGAUCCUGAGUGUCUCUGCUGAUCCUGAGUGUCUCUGUUGAUCCUGAGUGUCUCAGCUGAUCCUGAGUGUCUUUGCAGAUGUACGGCCUCAUCUGGCUCACAGACCUGCAGAGCAAAAUCUCCACAAUCGACCUGCUGAUCAUGUUGACCUCAGCGCUGUGCCACGACCUCGACCACCCCGGAUACAACAACGCUUACCAGAUCAAUGCUCAGACAGAACUGGCUCUGCGCUACAACGACAUCUCCCCGCUGGAGAACCAUCACUGUGCCGUGGCCUUCAGCAUCAUGUCCAAGCCGGAGUGCAACAUCCUGAAGAACGUGACGUGUGAACAUUACAAACACAUCCGGGGAGGAGUGAUCAGAUGUAUUCUGGCCACCGACAUGGCGAGACACAACGACAUCCUCAGCCAAUUCAAGAGCUUCCAGCCGGUGUUCGACUUCAGCAACAAGGAGCACAAGGAAGUGCUGAUGAAGAUCAUGGUGAAGGUGAGCGACAUCUCCAACGAGGCGAGGCCGAUGGCGGUGGCCGAGCCCUGGCUGGACUGUCUGCUGCAGGAGUUCUUCCACCAGAGCGACUCAGAGAAGCUCAAAGGGCUGCCAGUGGCUCCCUUCAUGGACCGAGACAAAGUGUCCAAACCGUCCUCUCAGACCAACUUCAUCCGGUUCGUGCUGCUGCCGCUCUUCUCCGAGCUCACCAAGCUGUUCCCCUGCCUGCAGCAGCACAUCGUGGAGCCGGUGCGACGGGCCCUGCAGCACUACUCCGACCUGGAGAGCGCGAGCCAGAAGGGGACGAGCAGCGCGUGACGGAGCAGCUGAUCUGGAGAACAUGCUGUGAAGUAGCUCAUCCAGCUUUUAAAGAAACAUGUACGUGUUGGGGUAGUUUAAAUGCUCAUUCUGAAGUGUGUGUUUCUCAUUGUAGGUUAAUAUAUAACAUAACAUAUUCUGACGUUAACGUGGGGAGCAGGAAGUUAUGAUUUUAUAAUCUCACAGAAUGUUCAAGUUUCUGUAUUUAUUAGUGUGUGUUACGUUGCUUUCUUUUAAUAGCUACACUAAUGACAUAAUUAGCUGUUUAGUUAACAUGUCAGGAGGAGCAGCGCCACCUGGUGGACAAUGUACUCUUUGCAUUUUCUGUAAAAGUGGGACGACAUUAAAGAGAAGUCUGGAGAUAUUCUUAGUUUGGUAAAGUGUUUAAAUUAACCUGCACAGAAUAGUUUUGUGUUUCUUGCCAUCGGUUUCAUAAAAACACUUUAAUGUGAACGACAUUAAAAGCUCUGAUGUGAAACACGUUUA